ACGAGGUGAGGUACAUGCUGCCCCCUACCCACCGCACCAGGUACCAGACCAAGGUGUUCCAGCAGUCUGUGACUAUCCUCAUCAAGCUUCAGCAAAAUACGACAGGUGGGCGAGGGUCGUCGUCGGCGGUGGCUGAGAGGGGCGUGUCUGUGGGACCCUGGAGAGUGCCAGAGGAGCAGAUGCCAGUACUGGUUGGCACUAUUACCGGUGCCUCGCUACUGGUCCUCCUCCUCCUCUCUCUCCUCCUCUACACAUGUCGUCAUCACAACCCCACCCACAAGAAGUACAGUGUCAAGAGCGAAGUGUCGAGCGUGACGUCAGGUCGAACACAGGGGUCAGCCCCCAGCCUCAGCAGAGACUCUUUGGUGGUAGUGACUCACGCCUCCUCCGGACACCAGGCUUGCCUGCUCUCUGAGAGGGGCUCCCCCUCCGAGUACCUGUGUGAGUGUAGCUGCUGUAGUGACCCACCAUCUGACCUGGCCUGCUCCUGUGGCUGCCCAGGUGAACACGGCGGCAACAAUGAUCAUGCACCAGGCAAGGAUGAUGGUCACAGGAGUCCUAAUGGUGACGACGACGACCUCCUGCCCAGGAGCCUCUCCAUGCCUCUCAAGGAGGAGGCCAAGCUGCAGGGAAAUGAUGACAGUCAGCAGGAGACCAUCAACAACAACAACAGUGUGCGAUCUAAGGUUGGUCCUCGCCCCACCAGCAACCCAGUCGCCUUUAGCCCCUGUGAUCUGACCUUACCCCGGCCCACAAGACGAGACUCAGGGUUGUGCGGUGAAACUCGCCUGAGGACCUUAGAGGCGGGGUGUCUACCACUGUCACCAGAGUCACGUCUGGAUGAACAGAGUGCCUCGUCAAGUGUACUGGACACUGUCUUUCCUGGUGCACGAGGAGGAGAGUUGGAGGCAGCUGCAGCAGACGAAGCAUUCAGAACACGCUCACUGCCAGCCUGGGUCAGGAACAAGACUCGCCCUCUGACUGCCUUGGAUGACCUCAAUACUAUCUAUGAAAAGCCAAACUGGAGCAAGCGCCGCAGAAACCGAAUGCGUAGUGAUGCUGCAGCCGUCAUCGCCCUAAGCAAGUCGAGAGGCCGCCUGCUGUCUCCUAACCCUCAAGCAUCAGGUCAAGCAGCUGCUGCAGCAGCCUUACCAGACACAGCUGCUCUUGUGGAAAAUGAAGCAGUCAUUGUGUAUGAUGAGAGAACAGCUCUCUAGGAUAUAAAAAAGUAAUUUUUGUGUAUAUAAAGGUUUGAAGGAUGGUUCAGCCAGAAUUAUCUAACCUACAGGUUAAACAGGGUUUUGUUAAAAAAAAAAAAAAAGUCAGCAUUCAAAACAUCAUCAUCCUAUACAUAAGGGAAACAUAUUCACAUUUGUCUGAAAUGAUCAACUUUGCAAUGUAAGCUAUUCUGAUAUUAGUUAUGACAAAAAUCACAAAAAUCUGAAUGGGAAAAUAUAUCACAUCUUUUCUACUGAAGGUGUUAAUCUUACAUAAUGAUGAAAGUUAUUUGAAUUCAGUGUAUAUAAUCUGAUUUAUUUAUAAUUGAGGCAAUUACAAUUUUAAGGAUGCUGCAAUACUGUCAGUAUUACUCUAUGCUAGAUGGAGUGAACAAGGUGUACAAACACAUAUAUCAGAAGCUUGUAGCCCAGGUGUGGAGUUCAGUUUUGUGUGGGGCUCAGUUUUGUAUGGGGCUCAGUUUUAUGUGGCAGCUCAGUCAUGCAAGGUGGAUAAGUUUUUAAAUGCCAGAGGUCCCUCUUUUUUUUUUUACCCUGUCUUUUUAAUCACAUGGGACUUGCACAGAAAAUGGAGCAUUAGUCUGUGUGAUUCAACCCCUCCCCCCUCCCAAAGACUAACGUGUCACUUAAGCAUCUAACUAUGGUCUUGCAUUUAAAGAAAUAAUACAAACUUGUAUGUGUAUUGCUUAAGACUUGGGUAAGAGGCCAGUACAUAUUUACUAUGUUAGUGAUAUUAAACACAGUUUUAUUCCCUUAGUAUGCAGAAUUUUGCAAAUAAACCAUUUAUGUGUUUUCUCAUCUGUUGUUAAGCUUAUAAAUUAUAAUUGUAGGAAUAUAAAUAAUUUAAUGUGCUAAAGCAGUUACAGAAUUUUAUUACGGCCAUUACAAUCCGUCUUUUAAUUAAGGUUUAUGAUUUUUCUUAAACUAAAAUUGUUGGAGGUGCACUUUUCAGAAAUUAUAAAUUUGCUCCUGGAAAAAACCCUAAUGAUCAAUAUUCCUUAAACCAACAAAGUUAUCUAGUUCAUAGCAGUGCUGAACCCUUAAACAUAACCUAUUGAAUGGUAUACUUUAAAUUAAUAUUUGCCAGUGUCUCUCAUCUUAAGAAUAUAUCCAAUAACUAAAUCCAUCCUCCUAGAUAUCCAACCUGCCCAGAAGGUAUUCGGAAGAGUUGGUGUUGUAGGACAUUCAACCUGCCCAGAAGGUAUUCAGUGCAAAUGAAAGCAACGGCACCAAUUUUGAAGUGACCGAUGUAGUCACUUUAAAGCAUCAAUCCUAACCCACUUGAAGUGACCUAGCCAUUACCAUAAGAUAAAGAUUUACUACUUAGAUGGAUUUUUGUAAAGACAGGUGAUCAUUUUUAGAGUUAAAAAGAUAUGUAUUAAACAUUUUAUAUUGUGCUUUUUGUCUGUGUGAAAGUGUUAGUGAGUGGAUUUUUUUAGUGCCUUGAAUGAAUGAUGCUUUAUAGAUGUACAAGCUUAAUAAUGUCUUUUUAAUACUGACUUAAAUGUUGUAAAUUAAAUGUAUUAUUAUAUUGUCAUAGUUUAUGUAUGAUAAAGAGAUCUUGAUAAA